AUGGUUUUUGCUUGGUUAUUCCUCAUACCCGGAGCAAUUUUAUCAGCUCGUUUUCUUCAUCAUAGAAAUCAACGAGAACCAUUAGAAUUAUUUGGAAUACAACUUUGGUUUCAAAUUCAUCGUUUAGCCAAUUCUUUAGCUUUUCUUUUUGUAAUUAUUUCAUUUUUAUGUAUUUAUUCUGCAUUGGACGGUUUUUGGAUCGGUCCACGAUUCUCAAAUCGUUCAGAACAGAAUUUUUCUACCCAAUCUUUACACGCUUUAUUUGGAAUUUUAAGUAUUUUUAUAUGUUUAUUUCAACCAAUAUGUGCAAUAUUUCGUUGUUCACCAGAAUCUCCAAAACGUUUUAUAUUUAAUUGGAUACAUUCAAUUCUUGGUUAUAUUGCUUGGAUUUGUUCUGCAAUUGCUACUUCAUUGGCAUGUCUUAAAUUUGAACAAUUUUUCGUUGACUCAUUUUUGGCUAGAGAUGUUUUAAUUGCUUCUUUGGUUCUUACAUUUAUUUCAUUUUUUUCUCUUCAAUGGUUUUCAUUAAAAAGAAGGGAAAGAUUUGAAUUAUUUGAAGAAGAAAAUGAAAGACAAAGAAGAAGGAAUACUUGGCAAAUUAAUUUACCUAAAGAAUAUAAUAUUCGAAAUAUUAAUCAAUCUACUAAUCAACAUUUAAGACCUCCACCACAAUUAAUGGUUAUGGCACCAAGUGAAUGUAGCGAUGUUGGGGGGCAUAGAGAGAGUUUAAUGAUCCAACAGGCCAUAAUUGGGUUAUUCUUUGUCGCCUCUGCUGUGUUAAGUUUGUGUUUGGCUAUAACAUUGAUGUUGGCUUAA